AUGGAUUUCGUCAAGAACGCUAUGGGUGGUGGUAACAAGGACGGUGCUACCAACAGCAACGCCGGCGGCGCCCAGAAGGAGGACUACGUCGACAAGGCCUUCUCUGCCAUCAACAAGAAGGCCGGCACCAACAUCUCCCGCGACAACCAGGAGAAGAUCACCGACUUUGGCCGCAGCGCCUACGAGAAGCAGUCUGGCAGCAAGGUUGACCCCAAGUACUCCAACUAA